AUGAGUUCAUCAUCUCUCAUAUCGAUUAAUGAUGAUCUCAUCCUCGAGAUAUUGUCGAGACUGCCUUCAAAGUCAGUGGCUAGGUUUCGUUGCGUGUCGAAGCUAUGGGCAUCGAUGUUGUGUAGUCUAUAUUUCAAGGAGUUGUUCUUGACCAGGUCCUCGGCUAAGCCACGUCUCUUAUUCGCCAUCGUAGAAAACUUUGGUAAAGGAGGCUCAAAAGGUGUGUGGCGCUUCUUCUCGUUGCCUCAGCUUCUGAAUCCAUACUCAAAGUCUUCGAGUCUUGUUGCAGCCGCCGAGUUUCAUUUGAAGUUCCCUAUGCUGAUUUAUCAUAAUACGAACCGACUGUAUUUUCAACAUGGCUACAACUCUGGUUUGGUCUAUUUUUAUGGUGCUCAUUACGACAAUAGAUGUGUGAUAUGUAACCCUAACACAGGAGGAUAUACACUCUUACCUUAUCUGAAACGUUACCGAAAGACGUAUAGUUUUUUCUUGUUUGAUCCGAUUGACAAGCAAUUCAAGGUAUUGUUCAUGGCUUAUUGUGAUCUUAAUCAUAAGAUUCUUACGGUAGGAACUGAAGAUAUGAAGUGGAGAACAAUAAAAUGUUCCUUGCAACAUAAAAUCGCGAGUGAAGGGAUAUGCAUUAACGGGGUUUUGUAUUACUUAGGUGACACGUCUUCUUGGGAUAAUGAUGAUUACAGUAUAGUUUGCUUUGAUGUUAGGUCUGAAAAAUUCACAUUUUUCAAGGUGGAAAGGUUUUGUAGAUUGGUAAACUAUAAGGGCAAAUUAGCUGUGGUUUAUUUCGAGGAUGAUGUCGACACUCUUUCUUGUCGUUAUAGGGAGAGAGAUCAUGUCGAAGCUGAUGAGAUUAAUAGGUUGCAUGUGUGGGUUCUAGAGGAUAUGGAGAAACAAGAAUGGUUGAAAUAUGCCUACACUUGGACUGAUGAUAUAUUCUUCCGUCGUCGUCAAGUUUCUAUCGCGGGAGCUACUGCUUCGGGUGAAAUAGUGUUUUCGAUGUGCGAAUAUACACCUAAACAACCGUUUUAUGUUUUCUACUUCAAUCCCGAAAGGGAGACUCUCCAACGUGUUGAGGUCCAAGGUUUUGGUGAAGACUUUUGUAAUGUAUACACCUAUGUAGACCACGUUGAAGAUGUUAAUGUUAAUGAUUUAGAGCUGCUCAAGUUCGUCCAUCCUCCAUUGGAGGAGCCAAAAGAAGAAGAAGAAGAAGAAGAAGAGUAUGGAGAGUAUGAAGAGUAUGAAGAAGAAGAAGGAUAUGAAGAAGAAAUAGAAGACAAUCAGAUUGAGAAAGGACAAGGAGAAGAAGAUAAAGACGAAUGA